AUGAUUGAAUAUGCAAAUAAAUUAUGUCUUGCCCCCAUGGUAAGAAGUGGAGAACUACCUAUUCGUCUUUUAUCAUUAAGAUAUGGUUGUGAUUUACUUUGGACUCCGGAAUUAGUUGAUAAAAAAAUCUUACAAUCGACUCGAAUCAUCAAUCAAGAAUUAAAUACCAUUGAUUAUAUUGUAUCUAAUCAUCAACAACUGGACAAGAAAACUGUGAUUUUCCGUAAACAUCCUGUUGAAACCGGGAGACUAAUAUUACAACUUGGAUCGAGUGAUCCUCAAUUAGCAGUAGAUGCUGCUCGAAAAGUGAUUGAUGAUGUUGAUGGUAUUGAUUUAAAUUGUGGAUGUCCGAAAAAUUUCUCAACUCAUAGUGGUAUGGGAGCAGAGUUAUUGAAAACUCCAGAUAAAUUAUGUUCUAUCUUGAUCAAUUUAGUUGAAAAAAUUGGUAUCCCGAAUAAAAAAUCCAUUAGUUGUAAAAUUCGAUUAUUUAAUAAUUAUGAUCAACUGAAAAAUUUAAUUGAAAAAAUUUUACAAACGGGGAUAUCUAAUUUAACGAUUCAUUGUCGUACUCCAAUCAUGAGAAAUCGUCAAGAUCCAGUAUGGAAUUUCUUACCUAAAUUGAUCCCCAUUAUUCAAACAGCAGGAGUUAAUUUAGUGAUUAAUGGUAAUAUGCAAAAUGUUGCUGAUUUGAAAAAUCUCCAAUCAGCAUUGAAUGACAACGGUGGAGGAAAAUUGAGUAUUAUGAUUGCUGAAGCAGCGGAAGCAAAUCCUUCAGUUUUCAGCCAUUCACCAAAACCACAAUGUUUAAUUAUACAAGAAUUAUUUGAAAUUUGUCAAAAAUAUUAUCAAAAUUUCCUGGCAACUAAAUUUUUAAUGUUGAAUAUGAUUCCUGGCAAAUCAAAAUAUUUUCAAAAAUUAUCUCAAACGAAAAGUUUUGAUCAAAUGGGUGUUAUAUUGAAAGAAAUAUCUCAAGAAUAUGAAAAGCAGAAGCAAAUGUCUACAAAAGGGUUGGAUAAAAUUUUUACUAUAAUGAAUCGUGAUUGUCAAAAAGCCAAUUUUUUCAAUUUAGAUCAAUUUCAAAAACAUAUUGCCCAAAGAGGAGAAUAUAUGACGAAAUUUUUCCAUGAAUGGCAAGAAUCAACUAUGUUGGAAGAUUUCGAUGAUACUCCUACUAAACGACCACUCCUGAAUGAUAAUAAUAAUAAUGUGUCUAAUCAACCAUCCAAACGACAAAAGAAAAAGAUGGCAAAAAGCCAAACUCAACCCCUGUCAAGUAUAGAAAACCCCAUCAAAGUAACUUGA